CUUAUAAAAUUCAUUUCAACCCGAACCCGAAAAACAAAUUGACAUCACACGGUUAAAAGGAAAUGGGAAAGAAGAGAAGUAGGGUUUUGGAGGAUGAUGAGGAAUUCGAAACCCACUCUUCUGAUCAGAACGAACACGCCCUCUACCAGGUUCUUGGUGUGGAGAGAACAGCAUCUCAACAGGAAAUAAAGAAGGCAUACUACAAGUUGGCAUUAAAGCUACAUCCUGAUAAGAAUCCCGGUGAUGAGGAAGCUAAAGCUAAGUUUCAGCAAUUGCAACAUGUUAUCUCAAUUCUUGGUGAUGAAGAAAAGCGGGCUGUAUAUGAUCAGACUGGUUGUAUUGAUGACGCUGAGCUUGCAGGGGAUGUUGUUCAGAAUCUCAAAGAAUAUUUCAGAGCAAUGUACAAGAAGGUCACUGAAACCGAUAUUGAGGAGUUUGAAGCAAACUAUAGGGGAUCUGACUCUGAGAGAAAUGAUUUGAUUGACCUCUACAAGAAGUACAAGGGUAAAAUGAAUAGGUUAUUCCAUUCAAUGCUUUGUUCAGAUCCUAAACUUGAUUCACACCGAUUCAAGGAUAUUCUUGAUGAGACUAUAGCUGCUGGAGAACUAAAGGAAACAAAAGCCUACAAGAAAUGGGCAAAGAAAUUAUCAGAAACCAAGCCACCUACUAGUCCCAUAAGAAGGCGUGCAAAAUCAUCAAAGAAACAAUCAGAAACAGAUCUGGGUGCCAUCAUAUCACAGCGUCAACAUGAGAGGAAAGACCGCCUUAAUUCUAUGUUCUCAUCUCUAAUUUCAAAGUAUGGUGGGGAUCAAAUGCCAGAGCCCUCUGAAGAGGAAUUUGAAGCUGCACAGAGAAAACUGGAAAAACGUAGGUCCUCAAAAAAGUCAAAGCAAAGAUAACCAAUUCAUUGUUAUUGAAAACUCUUCUUUUCUGCUGAACGAUAGUUAUUUUGUGGCUAGUUACUGUCAAUGCUGCAACAUCAGGAACUUUCCUAAAAGUGUUAGGCUUUUAUUUAUCGUCUAUCAAUUUUCUCUGUUCCAUUUUAUCACUGUUUGAUUUAAAUGACAUCCAUUACCUUCUUCAA